UUUUAAAAUCAUUACCAUAAAACUUUAACAACUAUUGAAAUCUCUGUUUUAAGCAGUAAUACAGUGGCGUUAAAUAUUGAUGUGAACAUGCAGAACAGUAUUAUAAUGUGGUUUAUACUGUUAUCCUCUUCUGGAACAUCAACUGCGGCCUAUGAAAUCAGGCUACCUCAAACUUUAAUACCCGAACGCUACAAUUUGAAGAUAGUUACUGACCUAAAAACUUUUACCUUUUCUGGAAUCGUUUGGAUUCACGUAAACUGCAUUAACGAAACGAAUCGGGUCGUUCUUCAUUCAAAGGGAUUGACCCUAAACACCAAACGAAUCAUCGUAAAAAAUGCUAAGGCUAACGCUGGGGAUACACUGAAGGCAACCAAUUUUUCGUUUUAUAAGGAAAAUGAUUUUUUUGAAAUUUUACUAGACAAACCCGUUCGGAUGGAACAAAGAUAUGAAAUAUUUAUACCUUUCAACGGAACAUUGGGUUCAAGUUUGAGCGGCUAUUACAGGAGCAGUUACAACAACACAAGAAAGGGUAGAAAAAAAUGGUUAUCGGUGACGCAGUUUGAGCCAAUCUUCGCUCGAAAUGCCUUUCCGUGUUUUGAUGAACCCGCAAUGAAGGCGUCCUUUAAAAUCAGUCUCGGCAGAAGAAGAAGGUACAGUAGUAUCAGCAACAUGCCACUUCUUAAAACUGAAGCUAUGAGAAAAAAACCGGGAUGGUUUUGGGACCAUUUUGAGGAAUCGGUUCCGAUGUCUACGUAUCUCGUAGCAUUCGUCGUGUCAGACUUUGAAUUCGAGCAGUUUGCUGUAAACGGCAAUAGUACAACGUUUAGAAUAUGGGCUAGGAGUAGUGCCAUCAACCAGGUUCAAACGGCCAAGAAUUUUGGUCCUAGUGUGUUGAAUUUUUUUGAAGAAUAUUUUAAUAUCCCAUAUCCAUUGCCCAAACUAGAUAUGAUUGCUGUCCCGGAUUUUGGUGAAGCCGCAAUGGAAAAUUGGGGGUUAAUAACAUUUAGGGAAUCCUAUUUACUCACCGAGAAUGUACGGCACGGUGUUGGGAUUAUUGAACCUACUAUUGCACACGAAGUCGCACACCAGUGGUUCGGUAACUUGGUAACAAUGAAAUGGUGGACGGAUAUAUGGCUAAAUGAAGGAUUUGCAACGUACAUGGCUACGAUCGCGUUGCAUUAUAUUUAUCCGGAAUAUGGCACUUUAGUACGCAACACUUUAACAACGUUACUUACUGUUUUUCGUCAAGAUUCUUUAAAAUCGUCUCAUCCGGUAUCAGUCCCUGUAGAAGAUCCAAGAGAUAUUACCCAAAUUUUUGAUUCGAUAUCUUACACAAAAGGUGCAAUUCUUCUGCACAUGAUAUCGAACUUUCUUUCUGAAGAUACUUUCAAGAAGGGCGUAACUCAUUAUUUAAACAAACAUAAAUUCGAGAAUGCAGAACAAAACGAUCUGUGGCAAGCUUUGACUGUGCAAGCACACAAGGACCAAGUUUUACCGCCACAUCUAACCAUUGGAGAGAUUAUGGAUACAUGGUCCCUACAAGUUGGUUAUCCAUUGGUUACGGUGACGAGAGAUUAUCAAUCAAAUUCAGCUGUACUUAAACAGGAGCGAUUUAUUUUGGACACCGAAGAAAGAGACAACACAUCAUGCUGGUGGAUACCAAUUACGUACACCACGGAGCAACAGAUAAAUACCACUUACUCUGGAACACAUUCUUGGAUGGAAUGCCCAUUAAAAACAGAAAUAAUAAACAACCUACCGGAUAAAAAUCAGUGGAUAUUAUUUAAUUUGAAUACCUCAGGACUUUACAGGGUUAAUUACGACGAACACAAUUGGAAGCUUUUAAUAGCGGCACUAAAAAGUAAAUCACACGGAAAUAUUGGUCUUUUUAAUCGAAUUCAGCUCAUUGAGGAUUCCGCCGCAUUGGCAUGGGCGGGAAAAUUGCAUUAUAGCGUAUUUUUUGAUGUCCUUAGCUAUCUAGAAAAUGAGUCAGAUGCUAGAGUCUGGGGAAUGGCAAACUUCAAUUUAGAGAUAUUGGGUAAAUUGGUCAUGAGAACAUCGGUUUUCGGUACAUUUAGGGAGUAUAUGAAGAGACAUCGCCAAAUUCAUAACAAAACAAAGGGUGAACAACACGCAAUGGUUGCACCUGCGAUCGAAAGAUUUUGUGCCUAUAACAAGGAUGAUUGCAUUAAAGACUCCCGUCGUUUAUUUGAGCAAUUGAUGAAAGAUCCAAUUAAAAACCCAGUACCACCAAAAAACCAACCAAUAGUCUACUGCAAUGCUCUCAAACAUGGCGAGGAAUCCGAAUGGAACUUCCUUUGGAAUCUUUAUAAGACUUCAAACUCGGCGAGUGAACAAUCUUUAAUACUAAACAUUCUGGGCUGUACCCGAGAAGUAUGGUUACUAGAAAGGUAUUUGGAUUGGGCCAUAGAUCCUUCGUCGGAAAUUCGAAAACAAGAUGUCGCAAAGGUGUUCGGUUCCGUUGUCGCUACCGAAAUUGGAUAUUACGUAGCGAAAAACUUUCUUUGGAAGCGUAUGGAGGAUAUACACAAUUAUAUUGGAGGUAGCAGCUUUGCAGUAUCAGAACUUAUACAACGUCUUGCUCAACAAAUGAUUUACCAGGUAGAUUAUGAGGAGUUGAAAGAUUUCACACUUAAACAUAGUAAUUACUUCAUAGGCAGCCAGAAGGCAAUUACGCAAUCCUUAGAAACUGUUAAGCUACAAGUUCAGUGGCAUCAAACGCAUUUUGAGACCAUCGAAAAUAUUUUAUCGGUUUACAACGAAGAGACACUCAAAUAUUAGACUAAGUAAUUAGAUUUUUUAAUGUUAUUCGAUCCACAGCAAUUAAUCCGGCCACUGUAUUAUAUUUUACAUUUGAAGAAGCCUAUCCGUUCCGUUUACAGAUUCCAACCUUACCCUUCGUUCCACUUCUCACAAUAUCUCACGUGGAAUAACGUGCACAUAACUAAGCAAAUAAAUAGAUAAUAAAUUAAAAAAAUAAAUAAACACAAAUACAUAAAUAUAUAAUCAAGAGAUACUAAGAAAAGUAAGUUGGGCCGAUAGCAUCCUUGACCAUUCGACUGAUAGCGAGGAGAAUAAAAGUAAUAUAUUGUAACGUGAAUUAA